CACAGAGCGAAGGAAGCUAAAUGUGAGUUCUCAUAGCUCCUAUCUGCAACCUCCGACAGACAGCAGAGCGGCCAAAGACACUCAUCUCCGUCAUCAUCAUCAUCAUCUCGCCUCUGGAUCUAGUCAAUCCACAUUUCUCGACCAAUGUUCUUGUUCAUCUGAAUCACGGGGAUUUAUUUUAUUUAAAUAUAUAAUAUAUCUUAAAAACGGGUCACUAUGAUUAUAUUUACAUUCCACACUAGAAGACGUUUUAAUUGUUUAUAUUCCUGGGCGUUUUGCUUGCAAACCUUAUUUUGGAUUUUAUGUGCGGUCUGCGGAGAGGAGCAGCAUUUCAGUGUAGAGUCCUGGUUACAGAAAUAUGGCUACCUUCCACCAACUGACCCUCGAAUGUCUGUGUUGCGCUCUGCACAGACCAUGCAGUCUGCUAUCGCUGCCAUGCAGCGGCUUUAUGGCAUUAACAUCACAGGAACAUUGGAUAGAAACACAAUAGAUGAUCUCACUUUAAGCUGGAUGAAGAAGCCUCGGUGUGGAGUGCCUGAUCAGUUUGGAGGAAUCUCCAGGUUCAAUGUCCGAAGAAAGCGCUAUGCACUGACAGGGCAGAAAUGGCAUCACAAACAUAUAACUUACAGCAUAAAGAACGUCACUCCUAAAGUAGGAGAAACGGAAACUCGUAAAGCCAUUCGCCGUGCCUUCGAUGUGUGGCAGAAUGUAACCCCCCUGACAUUUCAGGAAGUCCCAUACAGUGAGCUGGAGUCUGGCAAAAGGGACGUGGACAUUACAAUUAUAUUUGCUUCAGGUUUCCAUGGAGACAGUUCUCCUUUUGAUGGUGAAGGGGGAUUUUUGGCACACGCUUAUUUUCCUGGGCCAGGGAUUGGUGGAGACACACACUUUGACUCAGAUGAGCCAUGGACUUUAGGAAACCCAAAUCAUGAUGGAAAUGAUUUGUUUCUGGUUGCGGUUCAUGAACUGGGCCAUGCCUUAGGCCUUGAACAUUCCAACGAUCCCACGGCAAUUAUGGCCCCUUUUUACCAGUACAUGGAAACAGAUAAUUUCAGACUGCCUAAUGAUGAUCUGCAGGGUAUCCAGAAAAUUUAUGGUCCACCAGACAAGAUUCCACAACCCACAAGACCUCUUCCCACUAUCCCGCCACAGCGCUCAAACCCAACCCCGGAUCUGCGGAAGACCAAUCGGCAACCCAAACUACCACGGCCACCUUCUUACCCCGGUGCCAAACCCGACAUCUGUGAUGGGAACUUCAAUACUCUGGCCAUUCUUCGCCGGGAGAUGUUUGUUUUCAAGGAUCAGUGGUUUUGGAGGGUGAGAAAUAAUAGAGUGAUGGAUGGCUAUCCCAUGCAGAUUGCAUAUUUCUGGAGAGGCCUUCCUUCCAAUAUUGAUGCUGUGUAUGAGAACAGUGAAGGGAAGUUUGUGUUCUUCAAAGGUAACAAAUUUUGGGUCUUUAAGGACACAACUAUUCAGCCAAACUACCCUCAAGACCUGUCAAUGUUUGGCAGUGGAAUUCCGGGCCAGGGAAUUGACACAGCAGUCUGGUGGGAGGAUGUUGGAAAAACAUAUUUCUUCAAAGGCGACAGGUACUGGAGGUAUAAUGAAGAGGUGAGGGCCAUGGACCCAGGUUAUCCCAAACCCAUCACCGUGUGGAAGGGUAUUCCAGAUUCUCCUCAGGGAGCUUUUGUCGACAAAGAGAAUGGCUUCACAUACUUCUACAAAGAGAAGGAGUACUGGAAGUUUAACAAUCAGAAGCUCAGAGUGGAACCAGGGUACCCACGGUCCAUCCUUAAAGACUUUAUGGGAUGUGACGGAUCAACAGAUAAAGAGAAAGAAAGUCACCACCCUCAGGAUGACGUUGACAUCGUGAUCAAACUGGACAACACGGCGAAUACUGUGAAAGCCAUAGCCAUCGUCAUCCCCUGCAUACUGGCCUUGUGUCUUCUUGUCCUGGUUUACACUGUCUUUCAAUUCAAAAGGAAAGGCACGCCUCGCCACAUACUGUACUGUAAACGCUCUAUGCAAGAGUGGGUGUGAUUGGCGCGCUGUUUCCAUGGCAUUGGAAGUACCUGGAAAUGUAACAUGCAGACUAAUAAUGCUGUUGCCACGUGAGGAGCAGGCAUUUGCCCACCUCGGGGUGGUUGACGUAUAGUCCCUCACCUGUUCUGAGCAUGUGUGGGGAAUUCAACUAGGAAGCUUCCAUGAUACACAGUAUCCUCUGUUACUUCAAGUCCUUUGUCUUUCAUUGGCAAACCGUUCAGUAUCUUGGCCUUUUCUUAUUUCUUCUGCACGCUCAAAGCCCAUAGUAAACUUGCUGGCGUUAACAAGUUAUACUUUUCUAUUUAAUUAAAUUUUUUCAAUGUAUUAUUUUCAUGAAAAUAUUUCAUUUAAUUCCCCUUUUUAAACCUUUUUAAUUUUUUUUACUGCUUUUUGUUUUAAAGCAUACACCCAAAUAAAAGCUUUCUCUCCACAGAGGAUAACUUUGUUCUUUUUUUUUGUGGACUAUAAUCACUGCGUUUGAUCCUUUGCGAAUGGGAGUUGGGCUCUUUGACUGCUGUCACAGUCUGUCUCGAAACAGGGGCCAAAAUUCCCUGCAAUAUUUUAACAGCCUUAAUUACACAUCUUGUUUUCUUGUGUUUUUUUUAUACUGCUGCAUUCAUGUUUUAAAGAGCUGAUGGCUAUUUCAUGGAUGUGCUCUUAGUAUUGUUUGUUUGACCAGUAGACAUUGGUUUCCUAGUUUCCUAGGGUAUGGGCAAAGAUAUGCCAAGUCCAGUCCUAAGCGGGAAAAAAACAUCUUUAAAAUGGAGGUCUUUCAGAAGAGCAUUAAGUUACUGUAACUCCUUGAAAAAUGUAGUAUCAAUUUGCUUCAGAAGUUAAAAAGAUUCAAGACAUGCUUAACAGUUACAAGGCGUUUUUUUCAACCCACAUGAAGAGCCAGUAAAAGCAAAUUACAAUGGCUGAAACGUCAUACUUCAUGACAUUGUAUCAAAUGGCUUAUUAUACAACUUUACAGGCCUCCUCAUGCAGAUAUGGGCAGAUCACUCAUUAUGACCAUAGUUCUCUAGUACAUACAUUCCAACAUUCACUGUGCCAAGAUAGAUUCAGGAAAUGUAAUCUAAACUCUGGGUUCAAAAAAAAGAAAGAAAGAAAACAGAUAAAUUUGUCAUCAUAAAUAGUUUAAAUGUUGGUAUGUAUGUUUGGUGCAUUUUUUUCUUUAUGGGCGGUGGCACGUAGGUAUGUCAUAUUCAUUGUCUGGGGUUCUUUUUUCCUAGUACGAGGACACAGUUUUAUCAGACAUUAAGAGCUAUGGUACCACAACAGCAUUACCCUGUUGUGUUGUGUCUUGAGUACUACUAAGUACAGUCUUGUUUUUCAGUGCGCCUGUAGAGCAGGUUCUUGGUAGUAUUGUAAAAAAAAUAUAUAUAUAAAUGCAUAGUAACAAGCAACGGACUGCCAGCAUGACAGGACUUGUACACCAGUAAGUGAUUUUUGUUUUUGGAUAGUGAGGAGGGCUAUGGGGUAUGUCUCAGAAUCAGAACUGAGCCUAGUAUGAUAGCUUGUAAAUAAAAGAAAAAAAAUCCUUGAACCUAUUGUAGGACUUUGACAUGUUAGAUUAAACUGUAUUUUCUGAGGACAGUCUUUGUAUGGACUAUGUUAAAGGGUAUUCUUAUUCUCCUUGCUUGUUUUCUGACCUUCUAGCAGCUCAUUUUAGAAAGAGAGUGUUUGGAAGGGACUUCCAAAGCAUUAUCAUAACCAAACAGUGAAUAUCGCACCAAUGCAGGUUUCUGUAAUCUUCAUUUUCAGGGUUUUUAUUUUAUUUUAUUAUUAUUAUUAUUAUUUUUUUUAGAUAUAAGGAUACCUGCUCAUAUAUACCAGGGUUUGGUUCACUAACCCAGAGUUAUAUAAACAGAUACAAGUUAUAAUCAAUUAUUCAUAACAUUCUGCUUAAGAACUGGUGAACUUUGCUUUGAAAUAAUGGUACAGAUCACUGAGAGCUACAGAUUUAGUAGCUACCAAAUAAGAUACAGCUGUGGGGUUUUAUUGAACCCCAUGAGCUGUAUGCAAUUUGUUUUUUGCUAUUAGUGAACUGAUUAAUUGCAUCUUUCUAAUCCACGAUGGGUGCUUUUUGGUAAGGUUAGCAGUCAAUGUUUAAUCAAGAAUAACAAGAAGAUAUGAACAAAAUAAUAAUAAAUACAUUUUAAUUUAUGCAUGAUCAUAUAUAGCUUCAUAUAACUAAUGCAGCAGUGUUUAAAGAUGUCAUGUCAGACUUAGAUUGUGGUGCUAAAGUUCUGUUUCACUGGCAGAUACAAAUAAGUAUCAUCAUUUGGUGCUUACACUCAUUUGAAUUCAAUUAAAACUGAUUGAUUACACUCAAGGAUACUUAACAACAUGCAUUUAUUUCUGUUAUGGUUUAGUAGGUUGCAAUGACAUAUCACAUUAUUAUACAAAAUUAGUUAAUUUAUCUUCCUAAUGGAUAUAAACCAAUGAACUGUUGCCUGUUAGUUUUUCAUAAUAUCGGUUGCUUAAAAGGUCAAAGAGCCAUGGCGAGAUGUGAACAUGGCUGAUCAUUUGAAACAAGAGUCUUUAUGUUUACAAUGUCUAACUGUAACCCUUUGGCUGCUGUGGCUGCUCUCUGUGACAGACAUUACAAUCCUGAAUUUUCACCAAGCCCCCAUGGCAAUCAAAGAGUUAAGGGCUCUGCAGUGAUUGUUUUGUAUUUAUUGUUUCAUAUUUAUUUUUGGGGAUGGGCAAUUUUUUGUCAGCUGUGAGUGUCUUAAUUUUGGGGAGGGAUAAAUGGCUUUUUAUACUAUUUUCAUCUUGUGUAUUCAGCAUCACUGUUUCAUUGUGUUGUAUUUAAAGUACACCAUCCUGUCAAUAAAUGGAAUAUAAAGCUU